AAAACCAGGAAGUGAGGUCCCCGAGCGUGCUAGAAAGCUCGGCCAUGGCCUGACUCGGGACAGCUCAGGCAGGGCACCGUGGGGGACGCUCGGAGUUGGGGCCAUCUGUCUGCAGGGAUGCUCUGAAACCAGCCUGUCCCUGGAGGAACCGGGGGCUGAAGGGAAGAGGGCCAGGGAUUCUGUGCCAGGAAGAACCCAGAGCCAGGAAGCACCGAGAGAUGCACCCCCCUCACAGGGCCUGAACUUCCUGCUGCUAUUCACAAAGAUGCUUUUUAUCUUUAACUUCUUGUUUUCCCCACUUCCAACCCCGGCACUGAUCUGCAUCCUGACCUUUGGAGUCGCCAUGAUCCUGUGGCUGGUCAAUAGACCUCAGCCAGUCUUGCCUUUUGUGGAUUUGAACAACCAGUCCGUGGGAAUUGAGGGCGGGGCACGGAAGGGCGCUGGCCAGAAGAGCAACGACCUGCUAUGUUACUACUACUCGGAUAUCAAGACAAUGUAUGAUGUUUUCCAAAGAGGACUUGCUGUGUCUGACAAUGGGCCUUGCUUGGGAUACAGAAAACCAAACCAGCCCUACAGGUGGCUUUCCUACAAGCAGGUGUGUGAUCGUGCAGAGUGCCUGGGUUCCUGUCUCUUGCAUAAAGGAUAUAAGCCAUCACCAGACCAAUUUGUUGGCAUCUUUGCUCAGAAUAGGCCAGAGUGGAUCAUCUCUGAGUUGGCUUGUUACACGUACUCCAUGGUAGUUGUCCCGCUGUAUGAUACCUUGGGAGCAGAAGCCAUCAUAUUCAUUGUCAACAAGGCUGAUAUCGCCACAGUGAUCUGCGAUACACCCAAAAAGGCAUCAAUGCUGAUAGAGAAUGUGGAGAAAGGCCUCACCCCGGGCCUGAAAAUGAUCAUCCUCAUGGAUCCCUUUGAGGAUGACCUGAAGCAAAGAGCGGAGAAAAGUGGAAUUGAGAUCUUAUCCCUGUUUGAUGCUGAGAAUCUAGGCAAAGAGAACUUCAAGAAACCUGUGCCUCCUAGACCAGAAGACCUGAGUAUCAUCUGCUUCACUAGUGGGACCACAGGUGACCCUAAAGGAGCCAUGCUGACCCAUCAAAAUAUUAUUUCAAAUGUUUCUUCUUUCAUCACGUAUAUAGAGCAUACUUUCAAGCCCACCUCUGAGGAUGUGACCAUAUCCUACCUCCCCUUGGCUCAUAUGUUUGAGAGGAUUGUAGAGGCUAUUAUGUAUUCAUAUGGUGGCAAAGUUGGUUUCUUCCAAGGAGAUAUUCGGUUGCUGCCUGAAGACAUGAAAACUCUCAAGCCCACAGUGUUUCCUGUCGUGCCUCGACUACUCAACAGAAUCUAUGAUAAGGUACAAAGUGAAGCCAAGACACCCUUCAAGAAGUUCUUGUUGAACUUGGCUAUUUCCUGUAAAUUCAAUGAAGUGAAAAAGGGGAUCAUCAGGCGUGACAGUUUAUGGGACAAGCUCGUCUUUGCAAAGAUCCAGGCCAGCCUGGGUGGGAAGGUUCACUUCCUGGUCACUGGAGCUGCCCCCAUCGCCUCUCCAGUCUUGACAUUCCUCCGGGCGGCACUGGGAUGUCCGGUGUUCGAAGCUUAUGGUCAGACAGAAUGCACUGCUGGCUGUACAUUUACGUUACCUGGGGACUGGACAUCAGGGCACGUUGGAGUCCCCCUGCCUUGCAAUCACGUGAAGCUGCAAGAUGUACCUGACAUGAACUACUUUUCAGUGAACAAUGAAGGAGAGAUCUGCAUCAAGGGCAACAAUGUGUUCAAAGGAUACCUGAAGGAUCCAGAGAAAACCAAGGAAGCUCUGGAUGAGGAUGGCUGGCUUCACACAGGAGACAUUGGCCGUUGGCUCCCGAAUGGAACUCUGAAGAUCAUUGACCGUAAAAAGAACAUUUUCAAGCUGGCCCAAGGAGAAUACAUUGCUCCAGAGAAGAUAGAGAAUAUCUACGUCAGGAGUAGACCAGUGUUGCAAAUUUUUGUGCACGGGGAUAGCUUACGGUCGUCCUUAGUGGGAGUGGUGGUUCCUGACCCGGAAGUGCUGCCCUCAUUUGUAGCCAAACUUGGAGUUAAAGGCUCCCUUGAAGAACUGUGCCAAAACCAAGUUGUAAAGGAAGCCAUUUUAGAAGACUUGAAGAAAAUUGGGAGAGAUGGUGGCCUUAAAUCCUUUGAACAGGUCAAAAGCAUCCUUCUUCAUCCAGAGCCAUUUUCCACUGAAAAUGGGCUCUUAACACCAACACUGAAAGCAAAGCGGGGAGAGCUUUUCAAGUACUUUCGAACCCAAAUCAACAGCCUGUAUGAGAACAUCCAGGAGUAGAUUAAGUUUGCUGCUGAACUGGAAGCUAUGGGGGAAGGAGUUUAAACUCAUGUCAAGUGCACUUUUCCAGUAAAUGAAGCUAGCACUGAGGAAAAACCUCCUGAACUGGGAACAAAGACCUAUGGGCAAGCAUGGAGCCUACACCACAGGCUUAUCUUCUGGGAAGGAACCGACUGAUCUUUUCUCUACUGGACUCCAGUUCCUGCUAUACCUUACCCCCAGACAACACAUGUUGCUUCCACUUGUAAAGCCUUGAAAAUAAACUAUCACAAACAUGUA